AAUAGAUCUUGAACAGGGAUCCAUAAAAAGUACUGACAGUUAGUAACUGUGACUUAUUCAAAGAACAGUCAUAAAGGUGAAACGGUGCGGCGCCCGCAAGAAAGAAAACUUCCCAUUUAGCUUGCAUUCGAAGAUCAUUCCAAACGCUCCUCCCCUUCCUCCCCGAUCCCUUAGUCUCCUAUCGAUUUAUCAUGGCUCUUAGAGAAAGACGUCCAUGGUCACCAGAAGAAGAUGACCUUCUUCGUGUUGCAGUUCUAAAAGAGGAGCCCGGAAACCCAAAUCCCUCGAAAUGGUUCGCCAUUUCCACCCAUGUGCCUGGUCGAACGAACAAAGACUGCAGGAAAAGGUGGUUUGCUCGAAUGGCUGCAGACAUCGUUCGGGGUGUCUGGUCCGCGGAUGAGGAUACGAAGCUUCUGAGUGCUGUAGAAAAGUACGGGACAAAAUGGUCCUUGGUCGCUACUAUGGUUCACACAAGGAACAGUGACCAGUGCGCGAAGCGUUGGACAGAUACAUUAGACCCCACCAUAGAUCGUUCAGGAUGGACACCAGAACAAGAUCGUACGUUACUUGAUGCCGUGAACGAACACGGAACGUGCUGGAAAAAAAUUGUCAAAACAUAUUUUCCUGGAAAAACAGGUCUUUCGGCAAAAAAUCGUUACACCAGUCUCACUAGAGUCCAGAAUUCUUCUCGACCUCCCCGUCGCUCCCAGUCUAGCGACGAUACAAGCUCCUCUUCCUCACACACGGGGAGUGAUCGUCAUACCCCAUUUUACACACAUUCAAUAAAGCACACACGUUCUCAUUCAAAGUCGUCCUGGUCAAAUUCGCGUAGGACUUCCCCCGCUGCAGGUAGCCCGGAAAGGGACCCAUCCCCUGAGCAGCCGCGUUUUGACGAGCAUUUCCCAUAUCAUGGGUAUCCACAAGUUGCCGAUCCAUUCUAUCCUGCUGAUUCAAGCAACUAUUGGAUUAACGCCAUGCAGCUAGCUCAGAUUCAUCAGUCCCACGGACCCACCCAGUAUAUACCAAUUUCUCAGUCUCGGCUAGACGAAGUCGAUGCAUCGUAUUAUUCCUAUGGCGAUUAUCCUCCAACGGUGAUGUCCUCCGUUCGUCACCAGAGACCUCUUCGAGUCCCAAUGCACGAACCUGUACCCCCUUACGACGCGGCCUCAUACACACUACCCAAUGCAUCGACAAACUUAGCGCAUGGUUCUCAGAUAUAUGCAUAUGAUCACCGUGGUUGUCGAGAGGAUAUCUCCGGUGUUGGUAUUUUUCCCACUAGGCUGGAACACCUUCUCGAAGGCGAUCACAGUGUAAAUUGGGGAUAUGCAUAGACAAUUCUAUGAGUCUAUGAUCUACGUGACUGUAAAAAAAUCCUAAUACUAUUUGGACUACUAUUUAUCACGUAUCUUUAUCUACCACUUCCAAUGGUCGGUCUCUAUAU